AUGGCUCGAGAAGGAACUAAGAUAUUUCUUUUACAAACAAUAUUGUCAUCAUUAUCAUCAGCAACAACACCAACACCACCAGCAAUAACAGCAACAACAAUAACAGUAGCAGUAUCAACAGCAGCAGUAACAGCAACAACAACUACUACUACUACUACUACUACUACUAAUACAGCAUCAUCGAAACCUGCACUUACUCACGUUGUACAUUCGACCGUUACUGAUGGAUCCUCUCCAAUAUAUUUAACGAGCCAGCCUCCUGCAAUAAAAACAUUGGGUCCAUCUUUACGUCCAACUGUAGGAAAGCAGACAGUAUUAUGGAAUAGUUCGACUAGGUCACAGCACAAAACUACCUCAAACUUUUAUUCUACAACACCGUUUCCUUCGAAAUUUUCUACAACUAAUGCAGUUUUAAGUGAAACGCCACAAUCCAAAAGCAGCACUACUAUGGUUUCCCAUACAACGAAACUUAAACAUCCGAUGGCUUCUUUUACCAAUACAAUCAUAUCUAAGGUAACUCAUGGUCGUAGCUCUCUUCAGUUAUUAAACAAUACUAAGACAUCGUUUGAGAAGGAGAGUACAUCGGUACUGUCAUCACUUUUGACUUCGACUUCGACUUUGGUUUCAACGUCGGCUGCAAGCUUACGUUCAUCUUUGGUUUCACUUGGUAGUACCACUUCUAAAACACCAGAAAUUCGAUCAUCAUUCCAUGUACCAGUUUUAUCUACAAGCCCAGCUAAUACUACAAAAACAGCUGUAACAACUACAACAUGGAACAUUUCUACAGAGCAGUCGAUUCUAGAUAUAAAUACCACAGGAGCUACGAGUAAAGAAUCACAAAGACUAACAACAGAAGAACAAGUGGCCACUGGAAUAUGUGUCCCGCUUUUUGUCCUUAGCAUUUUGGGUUUAACAUAUUUCUUUUAUAAACGAAAACGCCAGGAUCAGUCUAUCAAAUUUCCAGAGGCAUGCAAUGAGUCAUCAUGGUCAUAUGCUAAUUCCGCAUUUUCUGGAGAAUCAGGCGAAAACAAAGCAUCAGAAAGUAACUAAAAUAAACUUGCAUCUUUUUACAAUAUACCAUCCAAAUCAGUUGGUGGAUUUUGAAUAUGAAAUAAAAGAAGACUGUAGUGUUAUCAUGGGAUAAUUCCGAGAUCCUUAUUGCUUCAAAUAUGAAUUGCCACGAAAAUGUUGUGUAUUAUUUCGACAUCACAUCAAGGAAGUUGGAACUGUUGAUGACUAAAACAAAAUAUAUGAAGUGCAGACUGGGAUUUUGUUGAUGAUGUUAGUAUGGUGGUGGUGGUGGUGGUGGUGGUAGUGUGUGUGUGUGUGUGUGUGUGUGUGUGUGGAGAGUGGUACAUUGUAAAUGCACAGAAAAGAAGUAAAAUAAUAUACAGAAAAAUUGAGAAGGAAAUAACGGAAAUAUAUAAUAUAAAUAUGACUGACUGGCAUUGAUUAAACGAAGGCCUUUUAAGAACUUCUCUAAGAAAGUUUUGUAUCUUUAUAUUUUCCAUUUAGAUCUUUAAUGAGGGGUGGGGGAGGAUUUUUAGACUGUUGGAAUUACCCUUAAUAACAAGGAAAGUGAUUAGCCGUAAUAACACUUCUUUUCGAAAAUAGUAAGGGAGAAAACUCAGAAAUUUAAUUGAUUAAAAGUUAAAUGGAGAUAUGAUUUCAAUUUCGUUUCACUAAGUUCACAUCCAAUUCUAGUUCUAAACAUGUCUUUAGAACUUUGAAAUUGUUUUACUGCUACUAUUCUAUUGCUCCCAGUGAAAUGAAUGCGGGAGUUUCAAUGAACGAAUUUUAAUUUCAAAUAUGUGGGUUCAAAUUAAAUAUUAUAAAGUAUUUCGUCAGACAAUCUAUGGUGGUUGAGCUUCUACCAACACAUCGACUUGCAUGUGUGUUCAUGUGGACACAAGAUACAUAAAGAGGGGUAGAAAAAGUAGGAGAAUUUAUUCUUUGUUACUAAAUCAUAUCAAACUGCACUUGUCAUUCUAGCAUCUAUGUCCAUAUUACUAUUAAGAUUUCAUGCAAUAGGCGGCUCUAGAUAUUCGUCACUCCCAGCUAUUCUUCUACAUUAUUAUGCCACUCGGAGUACAUCAAUGAAAAGAAGCUACAGUCAUUCUAAAAUCAUUAACAAAAAGAAACUUUAGUCGUUCUAAAAUCUAUUCAUUGUGGUUACGUUAUGUUUCACUGAUGAGACCUAAAAAGACCAAAAUAUGUUCAGAAAUGUCACUAUACUACCAAACAUCAGAUUUCCUCUCCACUACAUUCAUAUUGAAUUUUAAUUACUAUUUCUGGGUUGUCAUCUUUGCUUUCUCUCUCUCUGUCUCUGUCUCUCUCUCUCUCUCUCUCUCUAUCUAUCUCUCUCUCUCUCUCUCUCUCUCUCUCUCUCUCU